AUGCCAAUCAUAGAUCAAUCGACCGUGGUACUUCGCUCUGUCUUCUCGUACAGAAAACGCACGGUCUGUCGUCCCAUCGACAACGCUGCUCACCAGAUCGCCACCGUCCCCGCGGCUCACGACGUCCUCGUCCCCGAGACUCUCCUCAAGAAGAGGAAGUCCGACGCCAAGGCUCGUGAGGAGAAGGCCGCCAAGGCCGCCGAGUCCAAGAAGGCCAACCUCGCCAAGCGCAAGGUCAUCUUCAAGCGCGCCGAGCAGUACACCAAGGAGUACCGCUCCGCCGAGCGCGAGGAGAUCCGUCUUCGCCGUGCCGCCAAGGCCAAGGGUGACUUCUACGUUGCCGGCCAGCCCAAGGUCGUCUUCGUCGUCCGUCUCCGUGGUAUCAACAACAUUGCCCCCAAGCCACGCAAGAUUCUGCAGCUCCUGCGUCUUCUCCAGAUCAACAACGGUGUCUUUGUCCGAUUGACCAAGGCCACCUCGCAGAUGCUCCAGCUCGUCCAGCCUUACGUCACCUACGGCGCACCCAACCUCAAGACCAUCCGUGAGCUUGUCUACAAGCGUGGUUACGCCAAGGUCAACCGCCAGCGUCUCCCCAUCAACGACAACAAGAUCAUCGAGGAGAACCUCGGCAAGUUCGGCAUCCUCUCCAUCGAGGACAUCGUCCACGAGAUCGCCACCUGCGGCCCCAACUUCAAGGCCGUCACCAACUUCCUCUGGGCCUUCAAGCUCUCGAACCCCAACGGUGGCUUCAAGGGCAAGAAGCUCACCCACUACACCGAGGGCGGCAACACUGGUGACCGUGGCGAGGCUAUCAACGCUCUCGUCCGCCGAAUGAACUAA